AUGGCUGCCUCGUCCGAGAGUGUCGCGCAGGCGAGCUUCAGCAUCGCCAACAACAUACAGGAGACGGACGAGGUCUUCAAGUACGACAAGCAGGGUCAGCAGGACCAGCUCAAAGCGCGGCCGUGGAAGCAGGACCCCCACCACUUCAAGAAGGUCCGCAUCUCGGCGGUUGCGCUCAUCAAGAUGGUCAUGCACGCGCGUUCGGGCGAUCAGUACGAGAUCAUGGGCUUGAUGCAGGGCAAGCUGGACGGCGACACCUUCGUCGUGAUGGAUGCCUUCGCCCUUCCUGUCGUCGGUACCGAGACGCGCGUCAACGCCGCAAACGAGGCGAACGAGUUCAUGAUCCAGUACAUCGAGAGCUCGCCGGCGAUCGGCCGCCCCGAGAACAUCGUCGGCUGGUACCAUUCGCACCCCGGUUACGGGUGCUGGCUGUCCGGCAUCGACGUCAUGACGCAGAAGACGAACCAGCAGUUCCAGGACCCUUUCCUCGCGGUCGUGAUCGACCCCAACAGGACGGUCUCCGCCGGUCGUGUCGAGAUCGGCGCGUUCCGCACUUACCCCGACGGAUACACCCCUCCGAACGCCUCGACGUCCGAGUACCAGUCGAUCCCGGUCGACAAGAUCGAAGACUUCGGUGUACACGCCAACUCCUACUACCCGCUCGAGGUCUCGCACUUCAAGAGCACGCACGACACCAAGCUCCUUGACUUGCUUUGGAACAAAUACUGGGUCAUGACGCUCAGCCAGAGCCCGCUCGUCUCGAACCGCGCCUACGCCACUUCCCAGCUCUACGACCUCGUCGCCAAGCUGCGCAACACCGAAACCUCCGUCUCGCACCGCUGCAACAUCAGCCACAUGUCACCUCUCAUUGUCCAGAUCCGCCAGCACCUCAGCUCGUCGAAGGAGGCCGGCGGCGGGAAGGGCAAGGGCAAAGCGACGGGCGAGCAGGCGGACGAGGGCGGCGCGGCGGGCAAGAAGGCGGAAGUGACGGAGACGCCGCUUGCGAGGGUCGUCAAGGACUCGUCGAAGAUGGCUGGUGAGGCGAGCAACGGCUUGAUCGGCGCGCUCGUCAAGGAUGCGCUGUUCAAUGGCGGCAAGCUGGGACAGGCGGGUCUCGCGCAAGCGACGGGCGAGGGAGGUCCGCUUGUCCUUCCUCCCGUCGUCUCCUGA